AUCAGACAACUUUACAGUCUGCUGCCUUGCAUUACUUCCCUGUUUGAAAGCCCCCAGCAAGCCUGUCCAUGGUCUGUCUGUGCAAUUCGUUCCUUAAUUAUUUAUGGUCAACCCACUAGCUCAAGAACACAGUUACUUUGCCUAUUUAUUUAUUUAUUUAUAGUUACUUUCUCUUGUUUGACAUAUAAUCUCAAAUUUACAAAGGGAGAUUUUUUUUAAAUGAGAUUUUAGGCUUUAAUAGCAUACUUUUAGAAUGAGAAACUGGAAGAAACGUAAUAUUGAAAAGUACCUACAUACAUUCUUGACCCUUUACAGGUAGAGGUUAUUCAUGAGGAUUAUUAGGUAUCAUGAAAGGGGGUAAAAUUGUCUCCAUUUUAUUGAAGAGAGAUUGAGGUUCAGAUGUGGAAACUUGACCAACGCCAUCUCUUUUCAUUUGGGCAGAGCUAAGAUUCAUACCCCAAAUGCAUAUCUGGAGAGCCCUUUCCAACACAUUAUAUUGUCUAUGGCAGGGUGAGUGUGAGAUGAGCAAAGAUGAGGGGUUUUUCAAAAGUCCACUUAAAAAGCCAGUGAUAGAAUGAGGUUUAGGUGUCAUGAGUUUGAUUAACAAAUGACUGGCUGUGACCCAAGCCCAAAAUGUCACAUCUGCUUCACCAGAACUGCAGGACAAGCACAAGUGUGGAUCAGAGGAUUUUAGUGCACACUCUGGGUGAUAUAAUUUCAAAUUCUGGCACAGGACUAGGAUAUAGAGCUGACAGAGGAGAUACUAAAGCCCUAUCAGUGUACCAACUUAUUUUCUGGGUUUUAUAUAUUGAGAACAAUUAUCAGCCAUCUCAUUAUGGGGUCAAGAUUCUCCCAGGGUUGUCUCUGGUGGGCCUCCCUUGCUUUGAGGGGACUUUGAAAGCAGGGCAGGCUGAGAAGAACUGACUGGAUUUGAUCAUGGAUGUGGGAAAGAAAAAUGCUAUGAAAACCAUGGGAACUCUGGAAGUUAAAAUAAUACACUCUGGAGAGUUUAAGGGUUUUGGAUAAGCUUUAAUUGGUAGAACAGAGAAGAAUGAUUAUGAAAAGUAUUGACUAGUAAAGGGAACUGCUGGGAAAUUGGUUAAGGUAUUAUUUUGAUCUAUUGAAUUUCUGCUAACUCAAGUAUUCACUUUAUGCCCUGAUCUUCCUGUGAUUUGUGUAUAUAUACUUCCUGUGUGAGCACAUCCUGUCCCUAAUUUCCAGGUUUCCAUAGCUUUAGCCUUACUUUGGAUCUGUUGACACAGUUUCUCACCAUCUUAGUUGAUUACAUCAGUUUAUGUUGCUGUCACCUCAAAUCCAACAUGUGCAAACCUAGCUCUGCAUUAAAAAAGAAAGAAAGAAAGAAAGAAGAAAAGCCUUUGCUUCAGCAGCCCUAUUUUUACUCAGAUGAGGGUUUGGGUCAUGUUACCUUAACCAAAGUAGAAGGUGAUUAGGAACUGGAAGGUGAGGGGGUAUGAUUCUGUAAUAAAUGUUAGUUUUUAAAAGGCCAGUAUUUUGUGCUUUUGGUUUACGCUUUUUUCUUGUGGGAAUUAGGGAAAGUGCUUCCCUAGAAGUCCCAGCCAGUAGGUUAAUAAAUUACCGGUUCUUAAGAGUUUUGCGUACACUUGUCAGGAUCACUGAAAAAGAACAAAUCUAACAAUGUUGAACCAUGUCAAAUCGCCAAAAGCUGAUAUUAUGCAGUUUUUUACUUUAAAAAGGCAAACAAAACAGCAGUAUGUAGUUUUGAUGUGGUAUGACGUGCCAUAUAUUAAAUGAACUGCACUGCGACUCUGGUGAGAAGAUAAGCGCCAGGUUUCUCGAGUAAGGGGUGGAGGGCGUCUAGCACCGGAGCCUCCGGUAACCACAAGAGAGGAAGCUCCUGCCGCGGCUCCGAUCUCCUUUUAAGUCUUGGCCACGCCCCUGUUUUGCAGCUGCCGUAGAGUGCGACGUCGUGCCACGCCUAUUGGGCGCUUUUUAUGACGCAGUAGGCCGCGGGGUUUUUUUUUUUUGCGCGGGAAAAGGGGGCAGUCUGGAGCUCUAGGCUGUGUUGCUUGGACGGGCAGUUUCUGUGGAGUUGCCGCUCGCUCUCUGUCCCUGCCGGCUAUGGGGUUACUGGAGCUGUGUGAGGAAGUGUUUGGUACCAAUGACCUUUACCGAGUGUUGGGCGUGCGGCGCGAGGCCUCGGACGACGAGGUCCGACGCGGCUACCACAAGGUAUCCCUGCGGGUGCAUCCGGACCGGGUAGGCGAGGACGACAAAGAGGACGCCACCCGCCGCUUCCAGAUCCUCGGGAAAGUCUAUUCUGUUUUGAGCGACAAAGAGCAGAGAGCAUUGUACGAUGAACAGGGAACCGUAGACGAAGAUUCUGAUGUGCUCAGCCAAGAUCGGGACUGGGAGACGUACUGGAGGUUACUUUUUAAAAAGAUAUCUCUAGAAGACAUUCAAGCUUUUGAAAAGACAUACAAAGGUUCUGAAGAAGAGCUGGCAGAUAUUAAACAGGCCUAUUUGGAUUUCAAGGGUGACAUGGAUCAGAUCAUGGAGUCUGUGCUGUGUGUGCAGUACACAGAUGAACCCAGGAUAAGGAACAUUAUUCAGCAAGCCAUUGAUGCUGGAGAGAUCCCGUCCUAUAAUGCCUUUGUCAAAGAAUCGAAGCAAAAGAUGAAUGCAAGGAAAAGGAGGGCUCAGGAAGAGGCUAAAGAAGCAGAAAUAAGCAGGAAGGAGCUGGGUCUUGACGAAGGAGUAGAUAACUUGAAAUCAAUCAUUCAGCCUCUGGCAACCACUAUGUAUCUUUGUCUCUGGAUAGCCUUGUGUUUUGAAAGCUUGUGUUUUAACUUCUUAAACAGAGCAGACAAAAGGAUCGGCAAAAAGAAAUGGACAAUUUUCUGGCUCAAAUGGAAGCAAAGUACUGCAAACCUUCCAAAAGAGGAGGGAAAAAAACGCCUCUCAAGAAAGAAAAGAAAUAAUGGGAUUUUCUCUUCAGAAGUCCUUUGGUGUUAAUUGGCGCCAUUGUAGGCAAGAUACAGUCAAGAUUUGAAGAAAGAAGUCAACCCUGCUCUUGAGAAAAGCUGUCUUUCCAGCCUAAAUUCAGCUCUACUCUAAACCAAGCAGAAUCUCUCAACCUGAUUUUAGUAAUUCUAGAAAUCCCCUGACAUUCUUUGAGGUCCUGCAUGAAGGAAUUUGGAGAUUUUUGUGGGAAUGGGGGAGUGAUGUACUUCCUGGCAGUGCUUGCAUCUGUGAUCUUCUGUACAAGGAACUUAUAUCUAUAAUGUGGGUCUGUCCCAUAUUGCCUUUAGCAGUUGUUUUGCCGCAUGAGUGUGCACACAGCCACAGAGUAUUCGGAGUGACGUGUGUGAUAUUAGAACAGUAAUUCUGUUCUAGCUCUGCCUAGCUAGAAUGUUUUCAGAACACUUGGUGGACAUCUUUCUUUCAAAUAUUUGCCAGUUUACUUUCAGGCUUAAUGUUCUUGAAUAGAUCCUCUCUCCUUUUUGUUUUACACAGCCAGGUUUUGUACUCUUUGUUAGAAGUACAGGAGAAACAGAUGUUGAGAUUACUUUAAGCAUCUUUGUAAGACUUGUACAUGAUGAAAUAAACAAGUUAAAAAUGA